GGUUAAUGCAAAGACAUUAUUCGAGAACGGGCCGAGAAGCGGAUACAAGUUUUCACCUGAAUAAUCACGGUUAAUAUUCGCAUUUCUGACAGUGAUACACCUGUAAGCUACCACGACUAGUCCUAGACCGUGUUAGAUUUUAUCGAUAUUUUUCGUUAUUUCCUAGUGUUUUUACUUAUUCUCCUCAUAAACGUUUAAACGAGAAACACGGUUUUCGUAAUUAAUUUUAUUUGGCAAAGUGGUAAAUCGCGGGUCCGUAAGUUUCUGUGAUGAGCCUUGUCGACUGUUCGAGGUUCGUUCCGAAGGAUUAAAUCUGAUACUUUUGAAUCUUUGAUCGACAUCGAAUUACUAUGGUUCACGUGCGGCGUCAGGUGAUUUUCGGCUGUGAAACUUUAUUGAAUCAGUUUCAAGCCAACGUUAGAUGGAGUUCCUCUUUACAAAUCAGAGAUAAGAAAGUAAUACAGCCGGAACGCUCUUUCAAGUAUGCAGAUUUAUCGGUUCGUCUAGCAGGUCCGGAACAAUUACAACCCAAGCCAAACGUUAGCGAUCUAUCGUUUGGUAAAUACUUUACCGAUCACAUGUUGAAAAUAUUUUAUCACGAGGCUUUGGGAGGAUGGCAGAUGCCAGAAAUUACGCCGCUCGAAAAUCUAGUCCUUCAUCCUGCCUCCAAAGUACUUCAUUACGCUGUAGAGUUGUUCGAAGGGCUGAAAGCUUACAGAGGAGUAGACGGAAAAAUACGAGUUUUCAGGCCAGAAUUAAAUAUGGAACGUAUGAAUAAUUCGGCGAUAAGAUCUGGCAUGCCUACUUUUGCCGGAGACGAACUAAUCAAAUGUUGUUGUAGAUUAAUUAGUAUAGAUCAAGAAUGGGUACCUCAUUCUUCCGCUUCUAGUCUCUACAUACGUCCAACUCUUAUAGGUAUAGAUCCGAUGCUGGGUGUGGCAUCCUCGGACUCUGCUUUGCUAUAUGUUAUUUUAUCACCCGUGGGUUCCUACUUCAAACAAACGGAUAAACACGUUGGUGUAUCUUUGCUAGCAAAUCCUCAGUACACGAGAGCAUGGCCAGGUGGUUGUGGUAACUACAAGUUAGGUAGCAAUUACGGUCCCACUAUUUACGUGCAAAGGGAAGCAGUAGAAAAGGGUUUGCAACAAGUGUUGUGGCUUUACGGUGAAGAUAACCAAGUAACCGAAGUCGGCACUAUGAAUAUCUUUAUGUUCUACGUAAACGACGAUGGAGACAAAGAAUUAAUAACGCCACCUCUAUCGAACGGAUUAAUUCUUCCUGGAAUUACAAGAAAAUCGAUUUUAGCGGUAGCUAGAGAAUGGAAUCAAUUCAAAGUUACAGAACGAACGUUCUGUAUGGACGAAGUGUGUCAGUUGCUUUCCGAAAAUAGGUUGUUGGAGCUAUUCGGAGCAGGAACAGCCUGCAUAGUCAGUCCGAUAUCGUACAUUGAAUUCUUGGAUCGACCGUUACACGUACCUACCUUGGAACACUCGGAACCUGUUUAUAAAAAGUUUUUUAAAUAUUUAACAGACAUACAGUAUGGUGUUAUACCGGACCAUCCGUGGGCGAUACCUAUCGAAUGAAAAUAGAACCAAUUAAUCAGUUUAUUUAUUACAUAGUUGCCAUUAACUGAGCGAAUAGAUGCCGAACGAUUUACGAACAUUUAUUCGAUGGCAAUCGAUGCAUCGUGAUUUUUAUACCGCUGUUUUUAUACGUAAAACAUAGAUUUCUAUUUAUUUUUAGUUUUAAUAUUUAAGAAAAGAAAAUUCGUUUGAUUGUCAGUGAUCAAAGUCAGGAAUUAAUAUAGCUUACCAUAGUUGGCAAAAUAAUUGUACAAUGUUAAGUUUUAGAAACUUUUGUAACAAUUUGUAUAUAAAUGUACAAACAUGCGUGGUGUGUGUGUGUGUCCGCGCGCGCGCGCGAGUGCUCGUGCGUGCGUGCGUGUGUGCGUCUAGUUUUUCUACGUGUUUGUUCAUGUACGAAUACGUAUUGUUUGUUGAAAGUACUCUUGGGGAAAAAGAGUAUGAUUCUGUAUACUUAUAUGAUACAUAUAGUUUCUUUUCUUUUUUAUUAUAUUAUUCACUAUUUUAUUUGAUUCCUACGAAUCAUUGUACAAAUUAGAUAAAUAAUGCGACAAAGAUAUGGGGUAACGAUCGCGAAAUAUUCUCACUAGAUGGUGAAUGAUUUAGUCCCAGUGACGAUAGUUUCCAUCCUUUCUCUAAAAUGGCGCCACUGGCUAAAGGAUCGAUAAUUAUUGUUGCAUUCGAUAACUAUACAUAAAAAUGAUAAAUUCGAUAGCGUAAUAACAUGUUGCAGUGUUAUAAAGCAAAGAAUCGUAAUAAUUAUGCAUUUAUGAGAUAUUAAGAAUAAUUUAUUUAAAGAUAUGGAUCGCGCCAUCUUACAGAAACGGUGGAAACUAUUUUCAUUACAAACUUGGGAAUUUUCCCACCGAUGGCGCCACUAGCACUAAACCGUUCGCCAUCUAGCGACAAAAGUGACAACCAUCUUCGCUAUAAACUUGGACGUUUUGGAGACGAGAGUUCUCGGACCGAAGCUUCCAAAAUUGGAUCGUCCUUGUCACUCGGAAGUGCUCAAAAGUACCGAUACCAUUUGUUGUUGUUUAUUUUAUAGUGCAUGGGAAUUUUCGCCCGUAUUGCACUUGUCGUAUAAGUACAUUUUCUUUUUUCUUUUACAUGCUUUGUAUAAAAUAUAUAAAUAUUUCCAUAACGUAUAUACAUCUAGAUAUUGUUAUAUAAAAUUAUACAAAAUAUAAACUACUUUAUUAAUAUUA